ACAUUUCACCAGAGAGAUUGGCUCAGCUUCAACCUCGUGAGAGGUGAUUGCACCAGUAGCAAAAGAGAUCUUAAGAUAAAGAGGUACCAUAUCAUAUGUGUAACGAGAACGGACAUGACACAGCAAGUUGCUAGUAUAACUUGCUCACACAGGGGUCUGAAAGCUUUUCAGUCAAGACCGGUCGGGGCUCUAGAGAGGAAGAAUCUACAUCGAUCACGAUGCGAGCAACAAGGUAAUGGUGUCCUCGACCAAGCCGAAAGACAGAUCUCAUCACAGCACUUGCUUUCCCUAAACUAUCUAUCCUUAGAAGUAGGGUGA